AUGGCGAGGAUUCUCCGAAAUGUUUCUUCACUGAGACGCUCUAUGUUCCCGUCUGAGGUAUAUAGUAGAGGUGUGGUUGGUACAUCGUUUCAGCUUCGAGGUUUUGCUGCUAAAGCUAAAAAGAAAUCUAAGUCAGAUGGAAAUGGAUCAUCUGAGGAAGGUUUGUCAAAAAAGGAGAUUGCUCUUCAGCAAGCACUUGAUCAGAUAACGAGUUCAUUUGGCAAAGGGUCGAUUAUGUGGCUCGGUCGUGCUGUUUCUCCUAGAGAUGUUCCGGUUUACUCUACCGGGUCUUUUGCCCUUGAUGUAGCAUUAGGAGUCGGUGGCCUUCCUAAGGGACGCGUUGUGGAGAUAUAUGGCCCUGAAGCAUCUGGAAAAACAACACUUGCUCUUCAUGUUAUUGCAGAAGCACAAAAACAAGGAGGAACCUGUGUCUUUGUAGAUGCUGAGCAUGCUCUUGAUUCAUCGCUUGCUAAGGCAAUUGGUGUAAAUACAGAAAAUCUUCUUUUGUCACAGCCUGACUGUGGCGAGCAAGCCCUUAGUCUUGUGGACACUCUAAUCCGAAGUGGUUCAGUUGAUGUUAUUGUUGUUGACAGUGUGGCUGCUCUUGUACCUAAAGGAGAACUUGAGGGCGAGAUGGGUGAUGCCCAUAUGGCUAUGCAAGCCAGAUUGAUGAGCCAAGCUUUGCGUAAAUUGAGCCACUCUUUAUCGUUAUCGCAAACACUUCUGAUCUUUAUUAAUCAGGUGAGAGCAAAACUGUCUACAUUUGGUGGGUUCGGGGGUCCGACAGAAGUUACUUGUGGUGGAAAUGCCUUGAAGUUUUAUGCUUCUAUGCGUCUGAAUAUUAGGCGAAUCGGAUUUGUCAAGAAAGGUGAAGAGACAACGGGAAGUCAAGUUUCUGUAAAGAUAGUGAAGAACAAACUCGCACCGCCAUUUAGAACAGCGCAGUUUGAGCUCGAGUUUGGGAAAGGAAUCUGCAAGGUCACGGAGAUAAUCGAACUGAGCAUAAAGCACAAGUUCAUUGCCAAAAACGCAACGUUCUACAAUCUAAACGGGAAGAACUACCAUGGAAAAGAGGCUUUGAAGAAGUUCUUGAGACAGAACGAACCGAUUCAAGAAGAACUCAUGAACAAGCUCAAAGACCAGCUCAUUGCCGAUGAAGCUGCAGAUAAGGAAUCUGAAUCUGAGGAAGAAGAAGAUCCUGUUCGAGUUUUGGUUUCAUCUGAAAACACAGAUGAUGAAGCACCAGCUCUAGUUGUUGGUGCUGCUGCUGCAGUGGUUGAAGCAUGA